UACGACAAUAUGACCAUAAAACGACGGCGCAAGUCUUUCAAGGAGUAGUAACUUUUUUCGCACCGUUACAAAAAAUUUCAAAGGUGAUAAAGACAUUCAAUUCAAAAUCAAAUUCUAGUAAUCUCUUCUCCCCUAAUAAUAAUAGUCGAAAAUUUUCCCCGCCAACACCGCGCAUGGCACUUUCUAGCCCACGAGCACCGCCAGAUCCUAACUCCGCCGCCACCACAAGACCAAUUUUCUCCACUAACCCUAUAUUAAGACCGCCCACCCCUCAACCUUUUUCCCUCCAAUCUUCUCAACGCCUACCACCACCACCACCUAAUCCUAAUUACUCUCCAUUUGUCCCUAAAUCUACUACUACUACUACUAAUCCCGACCCACAAUCUCAUCUCUACCCCCUUGCUUCCGCUGGACGCGGGUUUUUGCCCCACCCGAAUCGUCCCGUUGUUCCUUUUGGGCUGAAUCAUAUGGAUCCGGGUUCGGAUCAGGCUGCGGGUACGGGUGGUAGGCCGACCCAUUUGCAACACGCUCUUCUUGGAUCGUCUUCUCCUGCUACCAGUUCAGCUGUUAAGGGAUUUCCAGUAGUCACUUCUUCGCAUCCAAAGAUUGCUUCUACUCAACCUUCCAUUUCAGAUUGUAAUGGCUUCAGGGACAGAAGUAAGGAUGACACCUUUGCUAUAAUCAGAGACAGAAAAGUCCGAAUAUCUGAUAAUGCUUCUCUCUACGCCCUUUGUCGAUCAUGGUUGAGGAAUGGGCUUCCUGAUGAAACUCAGUCCCAAUACAUGGAUGGGGUAAGAUCUCUUCCUAGACCCUUGCCGCUAGCUCCUCAAGAUGCCGAGUCUCCUGUGAAAAAGGAUGGAGAUAAAGAAGAAGAGGAAGAGGAUGGGGAGUCUGUCGAGCAUUUAUCUCGGAAAGAACUUUUGCAAAGACAUGUCAAGCGUGCUAAAAGGAUUAGAUCACGAUUAAGGGAGGAAAGACUCAGACGGAUUGCAAGAUACAAAACGAGGCUUGCUCUUCUCCUGCCUCCAAUGGUAGAGCAGCAAUUCAGAAAUGAUCCAGCUUCUGGAAACUAAUCUAUUCAAGAUUCACUAAUUUAAUGGUCCCUAGGCUCUCUCAUCUGCACCCUGCUGGAGCUCUCAUAUUUCGUCUUCAUAUAUUUCCUCAACGACUUUGAAGAGCGCUCAGGUUCGAUGUUGAUGAUGGGGGCAAAAUGGCAGAUUCUGGUGCAAUUAGGGCCCGUGGAACUGGCAGUCUUGGUAGUGUACUAGUGUUGGAUAUGCCUUGUUAGCUAGUUAUUUUAACUACUGUCAUUCAACAGUAUCACCUGCGCUGCAACCUGGUGAUGCUAUUCGAAUAGGAGGCAAUGAUAUAGCUAGGAAAUAAAUCAUUCUCGAGUUAUGUUUCUAAUUUACUUCUGGUGAUGUUGGCUGUGUAUUUAACCGAGAAUUUUGAGUGUCAAUUUUUUGUUUUCCUUUUGA